UUCUAAACCAGGACUCGCACUUAAAGGGUUUGUACAUUGAGUAUUUGUGUACCUUGACAUUGGAAUGUUUCCUCAUUAAAGGCUCAGAACUGAUCAGAGAUCAGACUUCAGUCAACGUGUGUUUUGAUCAGCUGACCUGCAGCUCCGCGUGUCACAUGACAUCCGUUUCCACCGCUUGUGUUCCACGGACUCAGCCGAAGUAACGCUGCCUUCUGUAACAUGUACACCGGAUGAGUACUGCAGCAGUACACUGAGCAGUACACUGAGCAGUACACUGAGCAGUACACUGAGCAGUACUCUGAGCAGUACUCUGAGCAGUACUCUGAGCAGUACUCUGGUCGGAUGUAAACACGGACGCGCGCUCACCGGACAUCACCGAGAAAAGUGUGUUUUCAAAGGAAGAAGCGCGACGUGUCUGAGUUGUGCUUCGAGAAGGAUCCCGUCCCCGAAAGGACACCUGGACUCGUCUCCUCCGCGGGGCGCUUGAUUCGUUCUGCCGGACACUGAGUUUGUCCCCGUCCGUCUGCUGAGAGACAAACAUGCCGUCCAACAAGUCGGUGUCCGAUGCCCCCAUCACUCAGUUCAUCAACUGCAGGAUACUGAGAGAGAGCCGGCUGCAGAGAGAGGACCUCUGGGUGCGUUCUGGGAGUAUCUUGGACCCAGAGAAGCUUUUCUUUGAUGAACAAGGAUACGCUGACGACCGCGUGGACUGUGAAGGCAGCAUCGUGGCCCCCGGCUUCAUAGACGUGCAGAUCAAUGGGGGCUACGGAGUGGACUUCUCUGAGGCCUCGGAGGACGUCAGUGCUGGAGUGUCCUUGGUGUCCAAGAAGAUCCUCCAGCACGGCGUGACGUCCUUCUGUCCCACGCUGGUCACGUCUCCUGCUGCCGUCUAUCACAAGGUUCUGCCACAGGUCAAAGUUCACAAUGGAGGAGCCCAUGGAGCCGGAGUUCUUGGGUUCCACCUGGAGGGCCCGUUCAUCAGCGCAGAGAAGAAAGGGGCCCACCCUGAGCGGUUCCUGAGGACCUUCCAGGCCGGAGGGAUGGACGACCUGAUGGAGGCCUACGGCAGCCUGGACAACGUUGCCAUGGUGACGCUGGCUCCGGAGCUGCCGGGCAGCCAAUCGGUGGUGAGGGAGCUCUGCCGGAGGGGCAUCACCGUGUCUCUGGGUCACUCGGUGGCCAACCUGUCUCAGGCCGAGGAGGCGGUCCAUCAGGGAGCCUCCUUCAUCACUCACCUGUUCAACGCCAUGCUGCCUUUCCACCACCGUGACCCGGGCAUUGUGGGUCUCCUGACCAGUGAUCGCGUGCCUUUGGGCAGGACAGUGUUCUACGGGAUGAUAGCGGACGGGAUCCACACCAACCCGGCCGCGCUGCGCAUCGCCCACCGAGCGCACCCCAAAGGUCUGGUGCUGGUGACAGACGCCAUCGCGGCGAUGGGUCUCCCCCCCGGGCGCCGUACCCUGGGCCAGCAGGUCAUCGAGAUCCAGGGUCUGCACGCCUAUGUGGCAGGCACGAAGACGCUGUGCGGCAGCAUCGCUACGAUGGACAUGUGCGUGCGACACUUCAAACACGCGUCGGGCUGCAGUGUAGAAGAAGCUCUGGAAGCGGCCUCGCUGCAUCCGGCUCAGCUUCUGGGCCUGGACCACAAGAAGGGAACCCUGCACUACGGCUCUGACGCAGACCUCGUCCUGCUCGACGACGACCUCAACCUCAAAGCCACCUUCAUAAACGGAGAAGAGGUCUGGAGACAAGCACCAUAGAAGAAGAUCAGCUGGGAGCCGCGGUGCCUUCAGGGGAAGCUGUAAAACACAGCACCACCGAUGUCUUGAAUGUGUGAAACCAUUGGAUGAAAUCUGAGGGGUUUUGAGGAUGUCGUUUGGUUACCGAGGACGAAUGAAUCCACAUUACAGCAUUUGAGUAGUUCUUCAUUAGGCUGCUUUAACAGGAAGAAAGACCCCAGAAACAUCAUCACAUGUCAUGAAGCUCCUUAAACAAGCUGCCUUCAUCUGAACAUCAACGUGUGGGCCGAUUCCAGUCUUUAUUUCAUCAAAUUCAAACAUAAAGGUUCUCUCCACAUUUCAUCCACCCAGAUGUGUUUUUUGGAGGUUUUUCAUGAUUUUAUAGUGUUUUAUAAUUAGCGUAUCUUUAAAUGAAGUAUCAGCAGUACAUCUUUUAUCUGAUGUGAGACGUGUUUCUGAUAUUCAGUGUUCUUAAUUAUGUUUCAGAUGUGAUUUAAAGAGAAACCUUUUACUAUUAAACAACAUGGAACUUUCA